AUGUUGUCAAAACUCUGUAGUUCAGCAUGCGCGCGCUCUGUGAAGCAGAGUGGUGCGCGCCGAGCACCGACACGCUUCUACAGCGCUCAAGCUUCACCAUCGCCAAGGGUCAUCUUCUCCGGUAUCCAGCCUACUGGGGUACCACAUCUCGGCAACUAUCUGGGUGCUAUGCAGCAAUGGGUCAAACUACAGAAUGAGGCCUGUUCCAACACCUCAUUGAUUUACUCGGUGGUUGAUCUUCAUGCUAUUACUGUACAUCAAAAUCCUGAUGCUCUGAGGACCUCCAAGCGAGAAAUGCUGGCUGCCCUUCUUGCUGUUGGACUGGACCCUCAAAAGUGUACCAUCUUUUUCCAGAGCGAUGUAGGACCAACACCAAGUGAGGCCAUGCAGGAGAGCUUUUGGGCUGAUGGGAAAUGUAGNGUACCUGCACAUUCUGAACUUAUGUGGAUCUUGAGCUGUUCAGCAUCCAUGGGUUAUCUCUCAAGGAUGACACAGUGGAAGAGUAAACUCGACUUGGAUGAGAAUGCCAAUCCUCUAGACCCUUCCACAAAGACAAAACUCAAGCUCGGCCUCUUCUCUUACCCAGUCCUUCAAGCGGCGGACAUUCUUAUUCACAGAGCCACGCACGUACCAGUUGGCCAUGAUCAGUCUCAACAUCUCGAGUUUGCACGCGAAUGCGCUGCUGGUUUCAAUCAUCUGGCUGGCAGUAAAAUUCUCGUACAACCAGAGACAUUACUUUCUCCCGCAAAACGUGUAAUGGCCCUCGACCGACCAACGCACAAAAUGUCAAAAUCAGCACCCAACCCCAAAUCACGCAUCCUGAUAACGGAUUCAUCUUCUGCCAUCUCGAAAAAGCUGCGUGUGGCUCUCACCGACAGCAUCGAAGGCGUGACUUACGAUCCCUCGACUCGUCCUGGAGUAUCAAACCUUGUUGAAAUUGCUUUCAACCUCGAUAGCUCGAAUCAUGGUGCGGCAGGUCCUGCAGAGUAUGCCAGAGAGUUUGAAGGAUCGAGUCUCAAGGCACUGAAGGACAAGGUUGCCGAGGUUGUGGACGGACAUCUGGCACCCAUUCGUGCGAGGUUCGAGGAGAUUGUUGGUGGUGAUGGAAAGAUCAUCGAAGAAGCAGCACAGAUUGGUGCUGAAAAGGCGAGGAAGUCGGCCGAGUCGACCAUGCAAGCGGUCAAGCACGCAGUCGGCUUCUAA